AGAUUCCGAAUAUGUCUUGAGGAAUAUGCAAUUGGGGCCAGAUUAGAACAUGGCGAGGAUUUCAUGAUUCCCCUAGAGUUUGAGCCAGAGGUAUACGGUCGACCCUCGUCAGAUUAUGUCAUAAAUGAAGUAUUGAAAGAGAUUCUGACGCAUGGAAUGGCCAGCACAAAUGCCUGUAACUUUUAUACCAGAUAUCUUUUCAAGAACUUCAUAGCCCCUGGUGGCCUUGAUGAAAAGUUCAAGAUUAUCAGCCCCCACACUUUUGCUGGCCACGGACCUAAUAUGAAGAAAGACUUAUCCAGAGACUUGUUGGAUAUCUUCAUUUCUAGGGCAACACCGGGGGCUCAGACUUUGUUUUUGGCGCCUUAUUGUCAAGGGUAA